GCUUUUCCUUCUCUCCGUUCUGUUCUCUCCCAAUGUUUCAUCUCCAAGGGCAAGGGCAGCAAGGAGGGCAGCAGCAGGGCGGGCAGCAAACCCAAGCUGCACAGUCAGGCGCCGGCGUCGUCGGCCCGAUCGUCCCGCCCCAGCAGCAACAGGGGCAGCAGCAGCAGCAGCAGCAGGCUGGAUCAGGCGCUGUCUCGGCUGCAGGUGCUGCUGCUGGCUCCAACGCAGUGGGCAAUCCGCUGCUCAUGGGCAUGGCAGGUCCCGCGUAUGGUCUACCAACGACGGCUCCCGCUGGUGGCUUUGGCGAGAAGGAUGCCAUGAACAUGCUCGUGCUCGAAUUGAUAAACCCAGACCAACGUGAAAAUGCGCUUUUGGAACUUAGCAAAAAACGUGAAAUGUUCCCUGACCUGGCUCCUGUUUUGUGGCAUUCGUUCGGAACUAUGGCAAUCCUUAUUCAAGAAAUUGUGUCCGUCUACCCGCUGUUAAUGCCCCCAGCUCUAACUGCGAGUACAUCCAACCGAGUUUGCAACGCCCUUGCAUUGCUGCAGUGCGUUGCGUCCCAUGCCGAAACGCGCGCCCUGUUCUUGACGGCGCAUAUCCCAUUUUUCCUCUAUCCUUUUCUCAAUACGGUGUCCAAGGGGCGAGCGUUUGAUUAUUUGCGCUUGACGUCGCUUGGCGUUAUCGGUGCCUUGGUGAAAACGGACGACUCGGAUGUGAUUCAGUUCUUGCUCACGACCGAAAUCAUCCCGCUGUGCUUGCGAAUUAUGGAGCAAGGCACCGAAUUGUCCAAGACAGUGGCCACCUUCAUAGUACAGAAGAUUCUCCUCGACGACAUUGGGUUGCAGUACAUCUGCCAGACGCCGGAUCGAUUCUUCCACGUUGCUACUAUUCUUGGCAAGAUGGUUCAUGGGCUCGUUAAGGAACCGUCCGGUCGACUGAUCAAGCACGUCGUCCGGUGCUAUCUACGCCUCAGCGAGAAUCCCCGAGCUCGCGAAGCCCUUCGGCAAUGCCUACCAGAACCGCUGCGCGAUAACACGUUUGCCAAUGUUCUCAAGGCCGACCCCACAACCACUCGAUGGUUGCAUCAGCUAAUCAUGACUCUUGCUGAUGGCAUGCCCCAACAAUAGUGCUGCUGUUCCUGGCUGCUGUGUUGGAGUCGAGAUGUUUGUGUUGUUUCCGGUGGGUGUUUGGUUGCUGAUGGGAUUUUGUGUGGCGUGUCUGCUUCGGAGGAUGGAGCCCCCUUUUUUGAACGGAAAUGGCAGAGAACUGGUUUUCUCUGGUUUUGUUCUGGUUCAGCUCCUGCUUUCGAUUGUGCGCACUGGACACACUGUUGCUCUGCUUUUUCGUCAUCAACCAUUGUUCCCUUGGAUCCUUGUUUUUCUCGUUACGGCCUUCACUGUUAGACCUGGUGCAUUUUUGACCCCGCACCCUUUUAAGCCCGACCAGUACCCUUUGUUAUCCUAACUUCAAAUACACUGCGAUAUCAUUUU